AUGGUCAACAUCAAGUAUGAACGAGUAAAGCAAACGAUCGAUCAGGAAGGUAUCCCGGAGGAAGAAAUUGAGCUUGAAACAAACCGGCGAGGAAGUUCCGAACAUCGGCAACAGGAUGCCUUGCAGUACCACCAAAGUAACAAUCAUCACUCCAGCUACGGACACCGCCCGAGUCAGUACAUCGUCGCAACGGCACCCGGUGGCAGUAAGCCCUACGGCGAUGGUGAUGUACGCACCAAAACGAAAAGCGGAUUCACCAACCGGAUCGUCCUAACCCUCGUGCUGAUCGUAUGCUACUUUUCACUUUCGAUCGGACUUACCUUCUAUCAGCGGCAUCUGUUGCAACACUUUAAGCUACCACUGUUUGUGGUACUGUACCAUUUGGUGAUUAAACUGAUGCUGUCGGCCGUCGUCCGGGCUGUGUUGCGGUGCGUAACGCGGAAACCACGCAUCCUGCUCGAUUGGCGAACGUCCGUGCGGAAAAUUCUGCCCACUGGGUUGGCCAGCGGGAUCGAUAUUAGCUUCUCCAACUGGGGUCUUGAGCUGGUGAAAAUAUCACUGUACACUAUGACCAAAUCGACAACCAUCGUCUUCAUAUUGAUAUUUGCCAUACUGCUGAAGCUUGAGAAGAAGAGUUGGUCUCUGGCGGCGAUCGUCGUUAUGAUCUCGGGCGGUCUCUUCAUGUUCACGUACAAGUCGACCCAGUUUGAUGCGCUCGGAUUCUCCUUCCUGCUGUUUGCAUCCCUCUCGAGCGGUAUCCGCUGGACGUUUGCUCAACUCAUCAUGCAAAAGUCGAAGCUCGGUCUGCACAAUCCGAUCGAUAUGAUAUUUCACAUGCAACCGUGGAUGAUACUGUCUGUACUGCCGUUUACGAUUGGAUUUGAAGGACGUAAGCUAGUGGAAGGGUUCCAGAUGGUACAGCAGCUGCCAUCGAGCAUUGUGGUCGAUAUGUGGUUAAAAAUUUCUAUCGGUGCGUUCAUCGCGUUCGCCAUGGAGGUGAGCGAAUUUAUGGUGCUCACCAACACCUCUAGUCUUACGCUGUCGGUAGCGGGCAUAUUUAAGGAAAUUUGUCAACUGGUACUUGCUGUCGAGCUGAACGACGAGCAUCUCAGCACCGUAAACGUGCUUGGGUUGGUCAUGUGUCUGGGCGGCAUCUGUUGCCACGUGGUCCACAAAUUCCUAACGUACCGCGACGAAUCGUCCAAAUCUUCGUUAUCGUCGCUGGAUAAGUCUGCCGGUGGCUACAUCGAGGAUCACGACGAUGAGGACGACGAUAUGCACCAGUCCGGUGCGUUGGGCAGCAGUAAAAAUGGUGUACUAAAGUUCGGUAACGGUGGCACCAGUAGUGGCGGUGGUGGUAUCGGCGGAGUAGGCACUGGCGGUAGUGCUGGAGCUCGAUACAAAGGUGGCCAGUACAGGCCGCUGCUAGUCAAUGAUACGCGCGAUGCGGACGAUUCGGACCAUCUGGUGGUGGAAAACCGGAACUACCUGUCGGACGAUAGUGAGCAGGAGGAAAAUGGUACGCAGGACGUACUGUUCGACAUACUUAAACGCCGCGAGCGAUAGUCAUUCCAGGCGGUCAAGGGUGUGCUCCCUUUUCUCGACCCUUUACGUUAAACAGGCCACAGA